AAACUGGGAAAGCGGGUUCUGCUGAGCAAGGACCAUCUGCGGAGUGUUGCAUUAUAUACAGUAAUGCAUUUGACGAGGUAAUAGAGUACGUUACUGCAUACAAGAAUAUCCUGACCUCAAUCAAACAGGAAUAUGAGGUGUUCAUUGCCAGAAUGAGGUUAAAAGCUCUGGAGUCUGAGUCCACAACUCUGUUACACUGUAGGAAAAGAGCAAUGGAGCUUGAAGACAAUUUCAGUGAGUUACUUGAAAGUCGUCAGUAUGAUGCUGCAGCAACUUAUGCCGUAAACUCUCCUAAGGGAAUUCUCUGUAAUGAAGAAGCUCUGAAUACUGCAGCUGGACACCUUCCAAAUUCAGCCAUAACUCUGGAAACAAUCAAAUGUGCAUUGUCUGAAAAGCAGUUAAAUCUAGUAACACACUGGGUUAAACAGCAAAGGUUAACCUUUUCUGAGGUAGAUACCAUUUAUGACUAUGGGAAAGUGGAACCAAGCAACAAGUCAAAAUGCCUGGCUUUGGCUCAGGUCAUGUAUGGUCAGUCUUGUGCACAUAGGGAAGUGGCUCUGUGUCUGU